AUGUUUUCCGUGGUCAAGAAGCUCUCCGCGAAGGUCAAGGAGGCCUUCACCCUUCCCGGGGAAGGUCUCCUUGCCUUUGGCGCCGGCGCCUCCGUGGCUGCCGACCCUUUCGGGGGGCUUUUUGUUCUGCCAGCCCCUUCCUCCUUUGCUGAGCCUCGGGCCAGCACCACCAAGAAGCUGUCCGCCAAGGACAAGAAGAAGCAGAAGAAGAAGAAGAAGUCCACCACCCGUGGCACCACCAAGGCCUCCAAGGCCCGGAAGCCCAACACCAUUGAACGGCCCCGGGACGCCCUCCCAACCUGGGCAGGCCGCGCUUGGGCCCGUCUGCCGCCGCCUGUCUCCGUCUUGGCGAGGCUACAGCCGCCUCUGAGAGCGAUCUCAGGGGCUGGCGCCGGCUGUAGCCUCCGCCACCAAACGCCAACGCCACCACCAACACCACCACCAACCAUUCCGUCUUGUCGCCGUGCCGUCUGGGCUGCCGCCGGCCGCCACAAGACCCGAGGGGAGUAG